UGGAGUAUAGGCCAUGUGGUUUGGGCCUUCCAUUGGAGCGUUACAGAAGUGCUCCUCCCGAGGUCUUGUCCUUGACAAAGAAAUGAGUGUCAGUUAGAAGAAAAUAACAUUGAUUAUCCACACAAAACUUAUUGAUAGAAAGCAAGUUAAUCAUGGCAUUAGGACAGUGCAACACAUCUUGAAAGGAGAAUUGUUUUUGUGGAGUUUGUAGAGAAAAGGAGCCAAUAUUGGAGAUGGGAAGGCCAGAUCCGUUACCUACAGCCACCAAAUCUUUACCAGUAUAUGUUUCCUGCAAAGACAAAUUAGCAAUGUCAUUAGUAAUGUGCUGAUUUGCGCCUGAGUCUGCAUACCACAAGGUCUCCUCUUCAUGGACAGUGUUGCUUUGAGCAACCAUGGCAGCAAGUUGUGUUGGCGGAUGUCGUCCUUGAUAACUGUAGUCCAUAUGAUGAUAAGAAUCCAAGGCUUGGUGGUUUGUCUUUCCACAAAUUUGACAUGGAGUGUGAUUAUAGGAGUUGUCAUUGGACAUAAAGUUUGAAGAGGAUCCAUUAGGCUUGAUAGGUUGUUGUUGUGGCUUAGAAUAAGGUGGCUUGUGCUGGCCUUGCCAUGGUCCCUUUUUGGGAGGGAAGUUUGAAGGAAAAUUCGACUUGUAGCGAAAUUGACUGUAGUUGACUUCCUUGGUUGUGAUUCUUUCCAGCAAGCAUUGCAAAAGUUGGUUGCUCCGUGGCCUUUAUUUGGCUUUCAAUCAUAAGUUCAUAAGACAAUAAUUCUGAUUGGAAAUAAUUAAAACUCAUGGGACCAUAAUGUAAGGCAAAAGAGAUGGAAGUGACAAAAGGAUUGAAAAUAGGAUUUAAUCCACUCAAAACAUAGGAAAUGAGAUCAUCCUCACCCAUUGGCUUGCCGACAACAAGAAGUUGAUCGGCGGUAGACUUAGCUGAGGCCAAAUAGUCGGUGCAAGUAGCACUCCCUUGUUGAAGAGUUUGUAGUUGGCGUUUGAGACAGUUGACAUGUGCUGGUGAGUGUGAUGCAUAUCUUUUGGCCAGUGAAUCCCAUACUUGUUUGGCCGAAGUUAUGCCAAAAACAGAGGGGAGGACCUUAUCGAUCAGUGUAGCAUUGAGCUAGCCCAAAACAAACUGGUCCUUCUUAUUCCAAAGAGUAUACUCAAGAUUGAUAGCCUUGGUUGGCUUUCCUUCAGAGUCACAAGCAAAUUGCUCAGGACAGGGCUCAGAACCAUCCACAAAUCCAAGCAAGUCAUUGCUGUGCAAAAUAGGUAGCAACUGGGAGACCCAAUUGAGAUAAUUUGUACCGUCCAUCUUAACCGAAACUAACUAAGAGAAGUUUGGUUGAGAGAAGGCCAAAGGAGCAGUUGAGUUAGCAGAAGCCAUUGAUGAAGAACAAAGGGAACAGGAACGUUGGAGGCGUGAGCUAUAGCGGCUCUGGUACCAUGAAAGAUUUUGUGAAAAGGGCACAGCAGCAACAAAAGUGAAAAUGGCACAAAAGGAGGCUCAGGGGGUUGCCGAGAAGAGAAAAGGAAGGAGAGGACCAGCUAGUGUUAUUGGUUCCAGUGCUGCUGGUUGCUUCUGUGCUUUUCUUUCAAUCUUUGGAGUAGGGGGAGAGGCAUUUUCUCAGGUUUGGAAACUCGGAUUUGUUGCCAGCUUUUGUACAAAGUUGAGUGAUACUGUCUCAAGUGAGAUAGGGAAGGCAUAUGGCAAAACAACGUAUUUAGUUACCACGCUUAAGGUAGUCCCAAGGGGAACAGAAGGGGCUGUGAGUGUCGAGGGAACCAUUGCUGGAUUUUUGGCAUCAUUUCUUCUUGCCUUUGGUAGCUGUGUCAUGGGUGAGCUAGGUGCAGCUGAAGCUAUAAUAUGCGUAAUAGCUUCCCAGAUUGCUAAUGUUGGGGAAAGCAUAAUAGGUGCUGCGCUUCAGGAGAAGGAAGGAUUUCAAUGGCUCAACAAUGAUGUCGUCAAUAUCAUCAAUAUAUCCAUGGGCAGCAUUAUAGCCGUCCUCAUGCAGCAGGUUGUUUUCCGAAACUGACAUGUAAAUUCACCUGACAUCAGUGAAUUGGUUAAGAUCAAGAAUUAAUGACCUCCAGAAAUGUAGCAGACAGGAUGCCAUUGACUUUCCUCAUUCUUAUUGUUUCCAUCUUCAUUUGAUUAAAAAAAACAACUUCAAGAAUAUGUAUACAUGAUUCCUACUGUUGAUGUGAUGUUAAUAUUGCUUCCAAUUUUUUGUAGACCUUGGUGCAACAUUCAUUGGAUCUUUCACCCCCCAAGCUGUAAUAGAACAUUUUUUUUUUUUUUUAUUUGGGAAAAUAUCAAUCCUCUUAUAGUUGUAAGAUUGCAAUCUAUCUUAUUUUUUUCUUCUCAUCUCCUGUUCAUUUCACCUUUUUGUUUGUUAUUGACAACAAUUUCAAUGUUAGGGACUCGGGGUACUCUA